GCGCGUCACCGCAACCGCCGCGGCGCGCGCAGCCCCCUGGGAGCGCGGCGCGCGUGCGGCGUUGCCGGGCAACGAGGGCCGCGGCGCGGGGCGGGGCGGGCGCAGCCCUGCAGGCAGCGCGGCGGCGGCACCGGAUCUGGGCCAUGGUGAAGCUGGGGGCCAGUGUCUCCGAGAAGACUGAAAAGGAACAGCAUGGAGGUGGUGACGACUUCGAUAAUGUUCCCUUGAUAACCCCUCUGGAUGCCAGCCAGCUGCAGCAGCCCUUCCCAGACAAGGUUGGUGCAUGUGUGUGCAGGACGUGGCAUUAGUGAGAGAGAUUUUACCAGUUCCCCAGGGCAAAGCUGGUCUCUGUUGAAGCAAUCUGACCUCUCUGCACCACUGAGGCCAGAAUCACCCUGUAGCGCUCUCUGCUCCCAGAUGAUUGUCAAGACCCGGACGGAAUAUAAGCUCCAGCAGCAGCAGCAGAGGAAGUUAUACAUCCCAGGGAUUAAAAAGCUGAAUGUAAACCUCUACGAUGAAGUAUCAGAAAAAGUCAAGCUGACGGGGCUCAUUCUCGUCACGAUGGCCUUCCUCGCCUGCCUCCUCAUGCUCGUCAUGUACAAGGCCUUGUGGUAUGAUCAGCUGAGCUGCCCUGAGGGCUUUGUGUUCAAGCACAAGCACUGCAGCCCGGCAGUCCUGGAGAUGUACUACACGGAGCAGGAGACAGGACCUCAGGGAAGUCUCUACAUGGCCAUCAACCACUUUAGCCAAGGCAAGAAGAGCCUCCCGGAUCUGCCAUCCCCAUGGAUGCCGGUGGUCGGUGCCCUGAAGGAGGCCGAGAACGUCAAAGAUGUGGCAGGAGGCCAUCAGGAGUAGGGCAGGAGUCCAGCGCACAUGCCAGCUGUUGCUCCACAGGACGUAGCUCUGUCAACGCCAGUCCUGUUUCCAAAACCAAGCAAGCAAAAGACAGUCCUGAGUGGGCUGGGGCUGGAACAAAGGGUUUAUUUUGUCCUGAGGGAUCUCUUUGUUCCCCACCCUUCUCCCAUCAGUUGGAACAAUGUUGUCCCAAUGGUUAUUGCCUACAUUUUCCCUGUCUGUGUCUGUAGCUGCCAGAAGGCAGGAUCACACCAUAGAAACCCUCUGCUGUUCAUGGUUUUCAGCUUCUCCAUGGACCAGUUGAAUGGACUGAAUUGUGUCCCUCCCUUGCCAAGUGCCAAGGCUGCCUGUGUCUGACAGCAAAUUUCAGCUGUCAGCACCAGGAGGGCUGUUAAUUCAUCCAAAGUGUUGCUUCAAUUUUGGUUUUUCUCUUUUGGGUAUUGCAGCUGCUGGUUGUCCAAGACAUGGAGAGGGAAGAUGCAAGCUCUGGGAAGGCCAGGAGAACAGCAGCCCUUUGCAGCUAAGCUUGUUGAUGCUGCUGUCUAGUGACAGCAGAUGUUAACAUGCCCUGCGUUUUACUUCGAGAGCUUUAGAAAUCUCAUUUAGACUUUGCUGAUUUUGUUUGAAAAAGCCAUUGUGAAUUGCAAGGCUAAAAUGGACUCCAUUUACUUCCAGUGCUUCUGGGUAGGGUCUUGUCUUUUUUUAUUUGAAACCUUAAAGUGUGUGUGCUGUGGCUGGCAUGCAGUCAUGCUCCCUACUCCUGGCUAGACCUUGUGUUUGUCCCUCUGCAUUUCAGCCGCUGCAGUGAUGCGAUGGUGCUUUUCCCCAACUGUGUAUUUCUCUAGAAAUUGUGAUCCUUGCCUCAAGGUGAGCUCUGGCAGGUUUUUUGAAGAGCCAGAAUGAAUGUGAUGAUGGGCAGCUUUUCUGUAAGCAACAAUAAAUGUGUGCUCUUGUCCCA